ACAGUGCUUUCUGCUGCUGUCGGAUGGUUCUUCCUUUUCAAACUUAAACAAUAGCUGUAUAUUUUGAAGAUAAUUUGAUACUUGAACAGAUUAGUAUGUGACAGAGAAAUGACUCACACAGGUAAACAUUUCUGACUGGGUGUAGGUAUGAAUUACAAAACCGAUCACAAAGCAGAUCAUCACCGAACAACUCUGAAUAAGCUGUAACAAGAACAACCUGUUGGCUGGACCCCCAAAAUGGUUUCUGGAGUUUUACGCGUCGUCCUGUUCUCGAGCCUUGGUCUAGGAGGAUUUCUGACGCUGUUUGUAAUGUACUAUCAAUCAGCUCCAUCUCAGAUCUGCCCUCCCCAACCUGCUUUGCCACGUCAUUACUCAAAGCCACCUGAGAACAGCUCCUUGUCUAAGAAGCAGACAGGACCAGACAAGCCCAUCAUGCUGUUGUGGUUCUGGCCUGAAAACCGCAGGUUUGAUUUUAGAGAUUGCGCCACUUUCUUCAACAUUGAUGGCUGCCAACUGACAGAUGACAGGUCUCUGUACAACAAGGCAGACGGGGUGCUCAUCUUUCACAAAUCCAUCAACCACGAUUUAUCCAACUUGCCUCCAUCACCUCGACCACCAUUCCAGAAGUGGAUUUGGUACCAUGUGGAAUCACCUACAAACACAAUUAGGAUACCUGGUCUAGAUAACCUUUUCAACUUGACCUUGAGUUAUAGGGAAGAUGCAGACAUCCCUGUGCGUUGGCGCUUAACUGCAAGGAAAGGCCAGGGUGAGGACUUUGUGCUGCCCAAGAAGGAUAAAUUAGUUUGCUGGAUUGUGAGUAACAAUAACCCUGCAACUGGAACAGGGGUAAGGUAUAGCUAUUACAGAGAACUUGUCAAACAUAUUAAGGUGGACAUCUUUGGAACAGCCUUUGGAAGAUUCUUGAGAUAUGAGGACUACUACUCAACACUCUCCAGCUGUAAGUUCUACCUCUCCUUUGAGAACUCAGUCCACAGAGACUACAUCACUGAGAAGCUUAACGGACCACUUGCAGCAGGAACUGUGCCAGUAGUAUUGGGCCCACCGAGACAGAACUAUGAGGACUUUGUCCCAGGAGAUUCCUUCAUCCAUGUUAAUGACUUUCCCAAUGCAAAAGCCCUGGCUGAAUUCCUCCUGAAGUUGGACAAGGAUGAGGAGGCAUAUCUGCGCUACUUUCAGUGGCGUAGAAACUUUUUUGCUCAGCAACAUCUAAUUCAACUGAGUCAAGAGUUCAUCCAAGCUAUUUGUUAUGCCUGUGACCAUGUAGGCAAACAUAAGGAGUACAGGGUUGUUCACGAUCUUUACAAAUGGUAUUUGGUUUAAUUAGUCUCUGCUGAUUAGGUAUUACCAUCACUGAGAUUCCUUGUAGGUCUAUUUUUUAUUUUUUUGUCAUUUUUUAUUUAACCUUUAUUU